AUGUAUGUGAAAUGGUUUGAUACAGUAAUGUUAUACUAUGUGAUUAUAGUGAUUUUGUGAAUGUCACUUUUUGUCAUUUUCAAAUUUCCCGCACAACCUGACGCUCGCAGGGAACGGAACCCAGAAGACAGAUGCCGGCAUCUGCCGGAUUACAUUGCCGGGGACACUGCAGGAGGGACAUUGCGGGAGUGCAGGACAAGGUAAGUGAUCGAGGGAUCACGGAGCAGCGCCGCAUGGUAAGCUCGAGUGUAGCUCGGGGUUACCUCUUGUGCUACACUCGGGAAUACCUCCAGGGAGGUUAAUGUAA